AUGGUUGAAUUUGAAAAUAUUGCUUCUAUUGUUAAGGAAAAAGGAAAUAAUGUAUGGAAUGAUGUGACAAAAAUUAAAAAAAAUUUAGGUAUAGUAAGAAGUAUUGAUAAAAGAGAUGCAUAUUAUGGAGAGAUUGAAAAUUCUGAGGAUAAUAAUUAUAGUAAUACAUAUGAUAAAGCUCCAACAUAUGGAUAUGGUAUUAUGUUAUUAAAGUGUUGUUGUUCUUCACCUGAAUUAAUGAAAUAUCAGAAAGAUUAUGUAAUUAAUUAUAAAUGCCCAGUCGGUAUGAAAGGUGUUAAAGGAGAACGUGGUGAUAGAGGUAUUGAUGGUUUACCAGGUGUUCCUGGUAUUGAUGGUAUUAGUUAUCCUGUUACUGUUGUUAAUUCACAAAGAUUUUAUAUACCAAAAACUGAUUUUGGUUAUGGUAUUGAAAGUUCAUUUAAUGGUGUAUUAAGAGAAGCAAUUUAUGAAGAAGUAUGUACAAAUUGUCCACAAGGUCCUCCUGGACUUCCUGGACCAAAAGGACCACCAGGUGUUAGAGGACCAAGAGGACAAGCUGGUAUACCAGGUAGACAUGGUAAACAUGGUAAAGCAGGUAAACCAGGUUUAUCAGGAGAUAGAGGUGAACCAGGUAUAAUAGGUCCAAAAGGUAUGUGUGGUGUUAGAGGUUUAGAUGGAUAUAAAAAAACAAUUGGUAGACCAGGUGCAAAAGGACAAAUUGGAGCUUCUGGUAUUCCUGGUAUACGUGGUGCACAGGGACAAACCGGUACUUCAGGUGACAAUGGUUCUAGAGGACCACCAGGUAAUAGAGGAAUAAAAGGACAAUGUGGUGCUAAUGGAGUACCAGGACAACAAGGACCACCAGGAAUUCCAGGAAAAGAUGGAAUGUAUUGUAAAUGUCCAAAAAGAACUGGAGAAAAAGAAUCUUUAGUCAUUUCUAGUUAUCAUGAUUCAAUGUCAAGAACAACAGAAAAAUAUGAUUCAGAAACAUUUGAAACAACUAGACCAUAUAAUGAGUAUAAUAAUAAAAAUAAUGAACCAAGUAAUUAUGUUUUUGAAGAUAAAUUAACAAAUCAAGUAUAUCAUCCACCUUCUAUAAAUCCAUUAAAUAUUCAACCAAGAACAGUUUAUAGUCAAAGACUUGAAGUUUCUGCAUCACCAAAUAAUUAUAAUCAAGAAUACCAUAGAAAUGAAGGUUUUUUUCAACAAAAUGAUAAUAGAAAUUUAAUUUCUAGUGGUUAUACAAGACCAAGAACAGAAUAUGUACAAGAUAUAACAUUACCACAAACAUAUAUUUCUAAUGUUCACAAAAAUUUUAUGAGAAGAAAUGUUAAUAAGCAACGUUUAAAAAUGAAAAGAUUUGUUGGUCAUUAA